AUGGCGUUUAUAAUUAGGAUUCUCUUCUACACCGCUUUAGUCUACGUAUGUAGAGGCGAGGCCCUGCUAGGACAUGACUCAUACACGGCAUCCGCCCUGUCCGCCCCGUCAGCUUCCUAUGGACCACCAUCCACAUCAUAUGGCCCUCCUUCGACGUCAUAUGGUACUCCAAUUUCUUCAGGCAGUUUGAAUUUGGGACAGAACCUGCAACCAGCGCCACGGCCCGUUUACGGCCCGCCGUCUGACCAUGAAGGCAGCCUCAUCCUCGACGAGACUCGCCCUCCGACGGCACCAGAACCACCAGUGUCGAGCGGAUCUCUCAAUCUGGGUCAGCCCCGUGUCAUCGGAUCGACAGUGCAAGUGGGCAGACCCGUUGCCUCGGCAACGAGAUACGAGCUCCAGUCUGUCGUCCAAAACGUCGUCCGUCGCAUCCCGAUCGAAGUAGUGCGUCACGUCCAAGUUGCGGUCCCACAACCCGUGCCCGUGCCCGUUCGUCAGGAAAUCAAAGUGCCAGUGCCGCAACCCUACCCAGUCCAGGUUGAGGUCCCCAGACAAGUGCCGUACAAUGUGUAUCAAACGCAACACGUUGAGGUGGAGAGGCGCGUGCCUUAUGAGGUUGUGAGACAAGUGCCCUUUGAAGUGAUCAGGAAAGUACCAGUGCCGGUCGAUAGGCCCUAUGAAGUGAUCAGGAAGAUCCAUGUACCAAUCGAGAAACACGUCCAUGUCCCAGUAGCAAUCUGGAAGCCGUACCCCAUCCACAUCAUCAAACACGUCACCCACUACCAAAAGAAGAAGUGCUGCGGUUGGUGAAAACUACAAUCAUAGGAUGUAAUGUAAUAGUCGUGAUCAUGCCAUAUAGUCAAUAGUCCUGUAAAUAAAUAGUUUUAAGAUGUACAUAAACCUA